UUCCUGGUACGCCAACGACUCAUGCCCCCUAGUCAAGUCUAACCGAGUCGCAUCUCCCCAUCUUCUGUUUAACAGGAAGAAGCUGAGAAGCAAAUUGAUGGACGGCUUCUCUGGUGGGAUGCAUGGGCAUGGCUUUAAAGGUGGAAGAACUCCACUUUUAAACAAACAUGCAGAGAAAGGGAAAAAUGAUCAGGAAAAUGGUCAGUUGACAGACCUUGAGCAUGGAGAUGCAGUGCAGCCCGCAAAUGUCGGAUUCCUUAGAGUGUUUUCACUAGCAAAGCCUGAAGCAGGGAGUUUGAUUAUUGGCACAGUUGCUCUUUUGAUUGCAUCGACAUCAAGCAUACUGAUUCCGAAGUUUGGGGGGAAAAUCAUUGAUAUCGUGUCUGGUGAUCUCCAUACACCUGAACAGAAAUCUCGAGCUUUAGAAGCUGUCAAGAAUACCAUAUUAGAUAUAUUUCUAAUAGUCAUUGUUGGGUCAGUUUGCACAGCAGUUCGAGCAUGGCUCUUCUCUUCUGCAAGUGAAAGGGUUGUUGCUAGGUUGAGAAAGAACUUGUUCAGCCACCUCAUUUACCAGGAGAUAGCUUUUUUUGAUGUUACUCGUACUGGAGAGCUCCUAAGUAGGCUUUCUGAAGAUACUCAGAUCAUAAAGAAUGCUGCCACUACCAACCUUUCAGAAGCUUUGAGGAAUCUUUCUACAGCAUUUAUAGGUCUUGGAUUCAUGCUGACAACAUCAUGGAAGUUGACUUUGUUGGCUUUGGCCGUUGUUCCACUCAUAUCUGUUGCAGUGCGUCAAUUUGGCCGCUAUCUUCGUGAACUUUCUCACAAGACUCAAGCUGCUGCUGCCGUAGCUUCCUCAAUUGCUGAGGAAACAUUUGGUGCCAUACGUACGGUUAGAUCCUUUGCUCAGGAAGAUUUUGAGAUGUCACGCUACUCAGAGAAAGUAGACGAGACACUACAGCUUGGACUCAAACAGGCAAAGGCUGUUGGUCUGUUUUUUGGAAGUCUAAAUGCUGCAUCAACACUCUCUGUCAUUGUUGUAGUGAUAUAUGGAGCCACUCUAACAAUCAAAGGUUCUAUGAGUCCCGGGGAUCUUACUUCAUUCAUCCUUUAUAGCUUAACUGUUGGAUCUUCUGUAUCUGGACUAUCUGGAUUGUACACAGUAGCUAUGAAAGCUGCAGGAGCAAGUAGGAGGGUUUUUCAGCUUUUGGAUCGUGUCUCAUCAAUGCCAAAAUCAGGAAACAAGUGUCCAUUGGGUGAUCAAGAUGCAGAAGUGGAACUGGAUGAUGUCUGGUUCGCCUAUCCAUCCCGUCCUAAGCAUAUGGUCCUCAAGGGAAUAACUUUGAAACUGCAACCCAGUUCAAAGGUUGCACUGGUUGGUCCAAGUGGUGGUGGAAAGACAACAAUAGCGAACUUGAUUGAAAGGUUUUAUGACCCUGUUCAAGGAAAAAUUUUGUUGAAUGGGGUUCCUCUGGUAGAAAUAGCCCACCAGCAUCUACAUAGAAAGAUUAGCAUAGUCAGCCAGGAACCUGUUCUUUUCAACUGUUCUAUUGAAGAGAAUAUUGCAUAUGGUCUGGAUGGAAAAGCCAGCAGUGCUGAUGUAGAAAAUGCAGCAAAAAUGGCCAAUGCACAUGAAUUUGUAUGUAAUUUUCCUGACAAAUAUCAAACCCAUGUGGGAGAACGUGGAGUACGGCUUUCAGGAGGUCAGAAACAGAGAAUUGCAAUUGCUAGAGCUCUGCUGAUGAACCCAAGAAUUCUACUUUUGGACGAGGCUACCAGUGCUUUGGAUGCCGAAAGUGAAUACCUAGUUCAGGACGCCAUGGAUUCACUAAUGAAGGGAAGGACAGUUCUUGUCAUAGCUCAUAGGCUUUCAACUGUAAAAAGUGCGGACACAGUUGCAGUGGUUUCUGAUGGUCAGAUAGUUGAAAGUGGAACUCACGAUGAGCUGUUAAGUAGGAAUGGCAUUUACACAGCAUUGGUCAAGAGACAACUACAAGGACCCAAGGCCGAGAUCUAGUUUUCGGAUGUCUAACCAACACAAUAUGAUGGCACACUAUUCGUGAAAUUAAUUUACAAAUAUGUAGACAUUAUAACCUUCACACAAUUGAUCAAGGUCGAAAAUGCCAAUACAAUUGCUAGUAUCUUAUGUAAAGAUCUAUCAUUUUAACUUCA